GAAAAAACAAGUUUACUCUCGGUCUCGGAGCUAGCAGAGAGGGGGAGAAUCAGCCAUGGCCGAGAGCGAAAGAUUGGACGCUGUCCAACCGCAGCAAAACGACGAGGUGAAACAGCUACAUAGUGACGAUGGGGACAAGAAUUUGGAUGUGGGCGGGGAGGAAUUGGAGCCAGCCGUCGACGACGACGACAGAGAAGGAGGUGAUUGUGAUGGUGAUGAAGGUGGUGAAGGCGAGGCUCGGCGCCGUGAGCUGAGUAGAGUCGUUGCUGAGGUGGAAGAAGGUGCUGGCGCGGAUACGAUGGGGUCUAGGCCGGAGGAGGAGUCCGGAAACCUAGGUGCGGCGGCAGUACCGGAGAGCGAUCAGUGUGUAGGUCAAGUGAGGAAUUCGGCUCUGGAGUCGAGUACGGCGGCUGAAUUCAAGGAACAUAUGGGAUCAUCACAACAAGAAGUUUCAGAGUGUGAAUCAACACAUGAUGCUAAUGCUGAGAGCGAAAAUGGGCUUCAGUUGUGUGUUUGUCCAGCUCCUGCAUCAGAGAUGUCGCCAACUUCGGUUACCGAACCCAUAUCAGCUGGUCCAAGUCCAACUGUUCCAGACCAGAGGUUGCCUGUGCCGAAGGGUACCAGUGGUCCUGUGCAAGAAGCGGAUCGACCGAAGCCCUCUGACAUUAGAAAUCUAGUUAUACCUGUCUUGAAAACAGUUACCCCUGAUGGUUACAAUUGGCGGAAGUAUGGUCAGAAGCAAGUGAAGAGUCCUAAUGGUUCAAGGAGUUACUACAGGUGCACGCAUUCCGACUGUUUUGCUAAGAAGAUCGAGUGCUCUGAUCAUUGUGGCCAUGUUAUUCAGAUUGUAAAUAAAGGAAUGCACAGUCAUGAUCCACCUCGGAAGAGCAAUUCCAAAAGGGUAAGUAGGAUGCCAGCAUCCAGUGGGCGUAUUUCAGGGGAUGUCAUUACAGAACAUGCAAUUAGACUUAAGGAAUCAGAUCCAGCAACACCGUCUAAAGAACUUACAGAAAAGAAGUUCAUAAUUGCUGAUAGAAAACGUUUGAGCCCAAGUGGCUCGAGUGAGACUGAUAAAGGUCAACUGAAAGAGGAACACACUUGUGUACCGGAACCCCCAAAAAGGGUGAAAAAGGACGACCUGGAUUGCUCACGGGCUCUCACUAAGCCCGGAAAGAAACCUAAAUUUGUUGUGCAUGCAGCAGUUGAUGUUGGGAUCUCAGCUGAUGGGUAUAGAUGGCGAAAAUACGGACAGAAGAUGGUAAAGGGAAAUACUCAUCCGAGGAACUACUACAGAUGCACAUCUGCCGGUUGCCCAGUCCGCAAGCACAUCGAGACAGUAGCAGAUAACUCAAGCGCCGUCAUCAUAACAUACAAAGGCAUCCAUGACCACGACAAGCCUGUCCCAAAGAAGCGUCACCGCCCACCCAGCGCUCCUCUCCUCGCCACCCCAGCUGCACCAGACUCCAUGAAUAAUGCCGUCCAGCAGCACAAUAAGAGAGCCGAGUCCCCGAGGAAUCCAGAAACCUCGGUCGCUGGUGGAAACAACGACAAGAAGGACAAGGCGGUCGAAUCGUCAUCCCGGGCUCUCAUAAGCAUUGGCUUCGAAGUCAAGCCUUGUUAAGUAAGUAAAGUAAUCAAUGGGUGUUCAUCAUCCCUUCCUGUUCCAUUUCUUUUUCUCGUUUGCUUUCCUUUUUUAGUGAAUGAGUGUUUGUUUGUGAACACUUAGAAGAAGAAAGUAAAAAGAGAACUGUUGUAUAUGAGUGUAUUAGUGGUGGAAUGUUGCUGCCCCCUGAUCCAGUUGACUGACUGGGAUAAUAUUAAGUAUUUAACGUUAACCAAUCUUGUAUCUAGUUGAUUAGUAGCUAAUUGCCGAGUUAAUCGAGAUCUGAGUUCGAGCCUUCUCUUUGUCUGUAAGGGGACCCAUGUCCAUAAUUUCUCAUGGUUUCUCAGACAGGUAUCUGAUUAGCAGUAACCUGGUAUGGGACAAGCAUGGGCUUCCAGCUUUUUUGUGGUUAUGAUUUUGACUUAGUAAUCAAUGC